AUGUCCAACAAGUCAAGCCAACGAAACCUGGUCGAGGAGGACCCAACUCCCCCUUCGUCUCCCCACAGCAUCACCUUUAGCCUUCCAUCAUACGACGACGCCGCAAUGGAGGAUGCCUGGCAGGAGAGGGUGCAACGCGAGGGCAUUCGCCUUGAAGACGAGCCGUGGUACAUGACCCUCCCAGUCGGCAUCGAGUGCCGCAAGAGAAAAGCCUACUAUGAAAAAGUGGCACGAGAAGACCCAGACCCCCGCAAGGCUCAGAGUGCCCAAAACAAGGUUGACUGGGGCAACCUGAUGGGGGAACAAAUCAUAUAUGCUGCCAGUGGCGAGCGCAAGAGAAUCGGCCCCGAGGCUGCGAAGGCGCGAGAGGAGCAGUUCGUCAGGGAGACCGAGGCCCUGUCCCUGAGAACCUUGCAGGAGGCUGGGGAAGAUAAUACCGGCGACGAGGAUGCCCCAAGGAAGAGCUCACUCUUAGGGGAGCCCGCCGUCAACUUUUGCAGCCCCCUCGACAAGACUGGUCUCUGGCAGUUACUUUGGGGCAGAACAAUGCUUUCUGUCAUGCUUUAUUGCUAUCUUACUUUGAGAGAAAGCAGUGAAAAGAUGGCCCAUGGACGAUUUCGGCGAGAACUAUCACAUUGGAGGAGUGGUCAAUAA